AAAACCAUUGACCCAUUCUCUUAUCAACACUAGUCUUCUCUAAUAUAGUCUUCUCCGCCUCUUCAUCUUCUUCUUCAUCACACCAAAACACAAUCUCUCUCUCUCUCUUCUCAAACCAAAAAACAUGGACAGAGAACAAGAAGACAUGCAAUUCCUCGGUUUCUUCGGUUGCUACAAACAAACCUUCAAAAUCAUCUUCUCAUGGCGAAAAAUCUUCUCACAAAUCACCUUAACUCUCAUCCUCCCUCUCUCCUUCAUCUUCCUCUUCCAUAUAGAAGUCUCCAACCUCAUCUUCAAGAAAAUCGUACACACCGAACAACAAAUCGACCAAACCCAACAAGGCACGCCAAAAUACGACAAACUCACCGACAUAGUUUCAUCGCAGUUCAUCACUCUUGUACUCUUCAAACUAUUCUACUUCACUUUCCUCUUAAUCUUCUCUCUUCUCUCCACCUCGGCUAUUGUCUAUACAACAGCAUCCAUCUUCACUUCCAAAGAUCUCUCCUUCAAAAAAGUCAUGAAAAUCGUUCCUAAGGUUUGGAAGAGACUCAUGCUCACUUUCCUAUGUGCCUAUGCUGCUUUCUUCGUUUACAAUGUUCUAACCUUUCUGGUUAUUAUCUUCGUAGUGAUGACAGUUGGUGAGAAAAACGGUGGUGCUGUUUUGCUUAUUUUCUUGAUAAUAUUCUAUUUUAUUGGAUUUGUUUACUUAACUUUGAUAUGGCAACUAGCUAGUGUUGUGACAGUGUUGGAGGAUUUGUAUGGAUUCAAGGCUAUGGUGAAGAGCAAGGACUUGAUAAAAGGGAAAAUGGGUUUGUCGAUAUUUAUAUUUUUGGUGCUGAACGUUUCGUUUUUCUUGAUAAGGUUGGUUUUUAAGGUAGUGGUUGUGAAUGGAACAUGGUGUUUUGGUUAUGUGGACAGAACAGGUUAUGGGAUAUUGUGUUUCUUGUUGCUGUCUUGUUUGUUCUUGUUUGGGCUUGUUUUGCAAACUGUGUUGUAUUUGGUUUGCAAGAGUUAUCAUCAUGAGAAUAUUGAUAAGUCUGCUUUGGCUGAUCAUCUUGAAGUUUAUCUGGGAGAGUAUGUGCCAUUGACAGCUAAGGAUGUUCAGCUGGAGAAUUAUAGGGUUUGAGUUGGAAUUAAUGGAACUAUAUGUUAUGUUAUAAGAUUGUUACAUGGUACAAUGAAACAUUAAUAUGAGUAUGUGUAAGUUUAUUAAUUAUAUGCUAUGUAAUUUGUUGAUGCUACAAGAAAUUGAUAUGCUUUUAUGUGAAA